AUGAGGCGCUGCAUUGUGCGGCUCGAGCCGCAUCUCCGCCGUCAGAUCGGCCAACCGAUCUCGACGGGACCAUCUCCGCCGUUCGUCAGCAGCCCUGCUGGUCCUUUCGCCCCUCCGAUUCCCCUUACUGGCCUAUCCCUCUCCGAGCCGCCCUCUGCAGCCUUCGCUACUGCCGCCUUACCCCCCCAUGACGCCGCCAGUGGCGCCGCCAGUAGCGGCACUAAUGCCGGCGGUAAUGCCGGCGGCAGCGACGGCGAUGGCGGCUGGGGCAGAGGUCGUGGCGGCCGCGGCUUCCCAGACGGGGGGAGAGGCGGCGGCAUGUGGGGGAGGGGAAGAGGCAGGGGAGGAUGGGGACCUGGCGCAGGUCCCCCCGCCCCCGGUUACGGGCGGUCAUGGGGAGCGCCCGGAUUUCAUGCUCCUGGGAGGUUUCCGCCAAGCGCGCCGAUCCAGCAGCCCGUGGCGGCUUCCGCUGGCCAAUCCCCCCCACUGACGCAACAUGAGGCACAGCGCCCAGAUGGCGCUUCCCCGCCGCAUCCUCCGCCUCCCACCGCUCCCCCCGCUCCCUCCGUUCCCCCCGCCGGUGCCCCCACGGGCCUGUCCCCCGCUGCCCUCUCCCGCAUGCUCGUUGCGUACGAGCGCGCGGGGAGGGAUGCUGACGUGGCACGCGUGCUGGCCGACGCGCGAGCCGGCGGCGUUGCAUUGGACAGCGGCGCGCAGGAGGCGGCGAUUCGUAGCGUGGCGCGGAGGCGGGACCUGGGGGAGGCGGAUCGGAUGCUGGGGGAGGCGCGGGCGGCGGGUUUUGUCUUAUCCGCGCCGACGUGGAACGGGCUGGUGGAGAUGUAUGCUGAGAUGGGCGAGAUCGAGAGGAUGGAAGAUGCUGCCGCCCAGGCCGCCCGUGCUGCCGCCCAGACUGCUACUCCUGCCGCCCAGGCUGCUCCUGCCCCUGCUGCUGGGGGCCCUGCCCCCACUUGGUCUCCCCCCAUUCCUCCUCCCCCUACCCUUGCCGCUGCUGCUCCUCCGGCGCCUCCUGCUCCCCCUGCUGCUGCAGCCGCCGCUGGCAGCAGCAGCGGUAGCGUCGAGAGCAGCGACAGUAGUGUGGGUGGUGGUGGCGGCAGCAGCGAGCAGCUGAGUGAGAGGGAGAGGGAGGAGAUGCGCCUGAGGAUGAAGCUCAGACGCCGGGCGGCAGAUGCUGACUCACACGCCGACCUUGCUGCUCCUUCUGUUGCUGCUCCGGUCAUUGCUGCUCCUCUUGCCCCCCUUGAUGCUGCAGCUCAUCCCUCCUCUCCUGCUGCUGCCACUACCCCAUCCCCACCAUCUCCUCCGCCUCCGCGCUUUGCUCCGCCGCCCCCACCUGGCGUUCCCCCAACCGCAGCGCCCACCGCCCCGCACGCCCCCCACCCGCCCCCCUCCCCACCCCUUUUCUCGCACCGCCCCCCUUUCCCCUCGCCGCCCCCCCUGACCUCCCCAUCCGCCCCCGCACCUCGCAUGCGCCCUGGCGUCUCCGCAGCUGCUCCUGUGGCCGCGCCGUCAGACACGUCAGCUCCAGCUGCAGCUGACGUGGCAGCUGCUGACGUGGGCGUCCCGGGCGCUGCAGCUCCGCCUGCAGGUUUGGGCCGAGGCGGUCUUAUGCCGGCAGGGCGCGGGGCAGGCCUGGUAAUGCCGAGCCUGGGAGGUCCGGCAGUAGGCGCAGGGAGGGGAAGGCUGAGUUUCGAACGGCAGAUGGAAGGCUGGAGGGGCGCUGAGGGGGCGAGGGAGGGGGGGAGGGAGCUGGGGAGGGAGGUGGGGAGGGUGGGGGGGAUGGAGAAAGGGAGGGAGAGGGAGAGGGAGGAGCAGAAACAGGGACAAGGGCCAGUGGGAGGGGUGGAGGUAGGGAGGGGUGCAGCAGUUGACAUCCCCCCACAGCAGCACCCUCCCCCCUUGAACCUCUCUCGAGAAGACGCCACCGAACGUGCCCUGGGCAUCCUUACCGCAGCUAUGGCCAAGGCUCGGGACUCCUCCCGAGCCUCCUCCCGCCGCGACGCCGUCAACCAGUUCGCCGCCGAGGCUCUCGGCUCGGUCAUGUCGCGCCGCAGGCUCGGCGCAGGCCCGGGAGGUCCGGGAGGAGGAGGCCCGGGAGGGGGGGGAAGGGGAGGGCGCGAUGAGGGGAGGCGAGCGGGGGGAGGGGGAGCAGGGGGACAGAGGAGAGGAGGGAUGAGGGAGGGGGAGCAGAGGAGAGGGAUGAGAGACGGGGGGCAGAGGGGAGGGAUGGGGAUGGGGAUGGGUUUGGUAAUGGAUAGGCAGGCGGAGGGGCAGGGGGGGCAGCAGAGGCCGCGGGUGGGCGGAGGGGGCAGGCGAGGGAGGGGGGAGCUGGUGACGGGGGAGAGAGUGGUGCAGAGGUUUAUAGAGGAGUCGACGUGGAGUGCGGAGGAUGAGCGGCAGGUGGGGGAGUUUCUGGACUUCCUCGAGGCUGCUGACGUGGCAAACGCGGCCCUCCACCAACGAUUCAUGGUGGACUUCGAGCCAGAGUACAUCACACCGGACGACUUCUCCCCCAUCAACCCACUGCUGGAGGAGGAGGAGGAGAAGCAGCAGGCGAGUGAGGGGCCGUCGCUGGAGGAGGUGAUGGUGGCGGCAAAGGCUGAGCUGAUGGCACUCACGGGCAUGGAGAGCGAGGAAGAAUUCCAGUCCGCCCUGCAGAGCUGCCUCUCCCGUGCCGAUGAGCUCGAGUCACUGGUGGAGCUGUAUGCAGGGCCACAGCGGAUGACUGCUCUGCAGGAGAACAAGGUGCUGCAGGAAGCUGCUGAAAGGCUUCCUCCCAGCGUGAACCCCCAGGCCGUGGCGUUCACCAAGCGCGCCCUGCUCACCCUGCAGGUGGGGCUGGAGCUUUAG